CUAAAACCAACCGCAAGCCACUGAAAUCCUGGGAUGUUGACCCCUCAGGAUUGGGCCUCGAUGAAGCUGGCGGUGAGGGCCCUCUGAAAUCAGGGACAUCUGCUCAUGAGGCAACAGUUCCUAUAGGCGUGCCCAGUCUAUCGAGCAGGUGGCCCACAGACACAAACCGUACCACGGUUAAGAGAAUCUCCAACAUAUAAUAUUGGGGCCAGGUGAGCGACAGUGGUGACACGGGGAGCAGACAUGGAUCAACAACUCAGCAGACCCACAUGGAGCAGGCAGAUAGAGUUCACUCUGGCUGGCAUCGGCUGCGCCGUAGGUCUCGGCAACAUUUGGAGGUUCCCCUAUCUCUGCUACAGGAGUGGAGGAGGUGCUUUUCUGGUGCCAUACCUAUUCAUGCUGUUGGUGUUGGGGAUUCCUCUGCUCCACAUGGAGCUGACUGUGGGUCAGUACACAAGGAGAGGGCCUGUCCAUGCUCUGGCUAAUGUCUGCCCACUGCUGAAAGGAGUGGGCAUGGCAUCAGUGGCAAUCUCCUUCAUACUGUGCACCUACUACAAUGUUGUCAUCACCUGGGCUCUUUAUUAUCUCUUCAGCUCCUUCCAGGCACAGCUUCCCUGGCAGAGCUGCAACAACACCUGGAACACACCAAACUGCUCCGAUCACGCCACCAACAGCAGCUACUCCUCCACAGCUAGCCAGGAGUUCUUCAAAAAUAAGAUGCUGCAGCAGACUAAUGGAGUGGAGGAGUCAGGAGGGAUGCGGUGGGAGCUCUUCCUUAUCCUCAUCCUGGCUUGGAUCCUCAUUUACCUCUGUAUCUUCAAGGGGGUAAACUCAACAGGCAAGGUGGUGUAUUUCACGGCUCUGUUCCCGUACGUCAUCCUGAUUGCUCUGCUCAUCAAUAAUGUGCAGCUUCCUGGUGCAUUAGAUGGAAUAACCUUUUUCAUUGUACCAGAGUGGGACAAGUUGCUCUCAAUGGAGGUGUGGGUGAACGCUGCAGCUCAGAUCUUUAACUCCAUAGGGAUCGGUUUCGGCUCCCUCCUGGCCAUGUCCAGCUACAACUCCUUCAACAACAAUAUUCUAAAGGACACUCUGACCAUAUCCAUUAUCAACUCCCUCACCAGUAUCCUGGCAGGCUUCGUCAUUUUCUCCGCCCUUGGAUACAUGUCUUAUCUUCAGGGCAUUCCUGUCAGAGAUCUGGCUGUAGAUGGUCCGGGGCUGGUUUAUGUUGUUUACCCACAAGCCUUUGCCAACAUGCCAGUGUCUCAGCUCUGGUCCGUGAUGUUCUUCUUCAUGCUGCUCUGCCUCGGACUGGACAGCGAGUUUGCAUUGGUUGAAGUGAUGGUGACCAGUCUCAUGGAUGGAUUUUCCCAACCCCUGAUUACUUUAUUCAAGAGGAAGGAGCUGUUUGUUCUCGCUGUGUGCGGUGUGGCCUUUCUUCUUGGAAUCCCUUGUGUCAUGCAGGUGGGGAUCUAUGUCUUCCAGCUGAUGGACCAUUACACUGCCAUUGUGUCCAUCAUGUUUCUUGCAUUCUUUGAGGUUAUAGCCAUCUGCUGGUGUUACGGUGUGAAUCGACUUUCAGACAACUUAGAAGUGAUGACCGGAAAGAGAGCAAAUAUCUUCUUCAGACUGUGUUGGCUAAUAGUUGACCCUGUGCUGGUCACUGUCAUCCUCAUUUUCUCCAUCAUACAGUUCAAACCGGCCCGCUAUGAGGGCUAUGUCUUCCCUCCCUGGGCUCAGGGCGUUGGGUGGGUCAUAGCCUUGGCCUCCAUCAUCUGGAUUCCUUUGGGUGCAAUUCACACAUUGUGGGUGCUGCCUGGCUCAUUCACGCAGAAACUGAAGCUAUCGAUCACACCAUACAGCCUGGAUGAGAGGUCAAAGAUGCCAUACUAUGAGAGGGGAGGAAAAGACAUAUCCGUCAUCAGCUCCAACUUCCUCGUGUUGGAAAAACCUCCCAUUCAGACAAACCUCUGACACCUCUGUGCUUUGCACAACCAUAAUGUUCAGAUAUGAAACUUUAGGAAGUUAGUCAGGCUUCCUGUAAAGAAUUAAACACAGGAAUGCCACGAAAAUUUAUUUGCACGAGUGCUGAAACGUUGCUGCAUCUGUCAGGCAGAUUAUUUAAAACGGCCCUUAUUUUUAUAAGUCUGACUUUAAUUUGUGAGAUUUUGUUUAACUUCUAACCGUUUUUAAGGCAAUAUGAUUUUGUGGACAGAUACGUGUUUAGAAUCUAUUAUUGCCAUGUGCAUCCUCAACAUCUGGCCUGCAUUUCCUUGUGGAGAGAGGAGGGGCACUCAAGACUAAACGUGCACACUUGACAGUUAGCAUUUGUGGACUUGGCUUUGCAGAGGGUGCCAUCUCUUGGCCGCAGACGUUAACAGAUUUGUGAUCAGGGACUGUACUUUAUAUUUAUAAUCAGUGCUUACAUUUAAGCUCAUACAAUGACAAACUAUUUAACAUCCACAGUUCAUACAGCUGAACCUCUGUACAGCUAAACCUUUGUAUUGAAGCAUAUUAAAAAUAUCGCAUAGUAGAAUUCAUUGCGGCUGACUCAUUUACUAGGUCAAAUGCAGUGCUGAUAAAAAGAACAAAACGUACAUGUCAAUUGUAAUAAAAACAAGUCACAAAGUC